AAAUGUUAAUUUAUCACAUUACGUAACACAUAUACAUACACCAAUUGUCUAACACUGACACUGAUUACAGUUGUUGUUGGCCUCUUUUCCUCUAAGACUUAGAAAAUGGGAGUGAGAAUAGCCUUUGUGGUAUUUGUGUGUGUUCUUCCAACGAUGGUAUCAGCCAUACGCCCUCACUUGGCCCCUUUCUAUGUGAAAGGUCGUGUGUAUUGUGACCCUUGUCGUGCUGGUUUUGAGACCCCUGCCACCACCUACAUUGCUGGUGCCGAGGUUACACUGCAAUGCAACGACAGAAUGACAAACAACAUUGUGUACAGCAAGAAGGGUAGGACCGAUUCCACAGGAUCAUACACAAUCUUUGUGGACGCAAAUCAAGCGAAUCAAAAUUGUGAUGCCAGGCUUGUAACCAGUCCUCUUCCUGAUUGCAAAGAACCCACUCCAGGUCGUGACCACUCACGUGUCAUUCUCAAUCGAUUCAAUGGCAUUGCCACCAGAGAUAGAUUUGUUAAUAACUUGGGUUUCAUGAAGGAAACGGUCGCAUCUAGUUGUGCAAAGAUUUUCAGGCGUUACCGAGAGGCUGAUAAUGAGAAUUAAUUUCAUUCAAUUAUUUUAUAUUCAUGUUUUAUCGUGAUUGCAUGUUAGUGGAUUGUAGUAUUUUGAAUAAUUUUUAGAAAGUUUGUUUUGGGCUAUAGUGGUUUUAGUCAUUAGUGAAUCUUGUGUUGAUGUUUUUAGUUAUUCUUUUAUGGAGAAUUCUAGUUGGUACGAGACUAAACAUGUGAAUGUUUGGAUGAGAAAAGGUCAAAUAGAUUUUGUAAAAUUAAUUUUGAAA